AUGCGCUAUUCGCUCAAGUUGGGCUCAGUCAACAAGUUUCUUUCCAGCUGCAUGGAUUCACCUUCAUCUGCUUCAAUUACUUCCACGUUGCGAUUCCUUCGUGAUAUCUCUGCACUUCGACACCCUAAGCAGUCAGGCGCUAUCGAGAGAAACUGUCGCUUGAACUUGAAUCGGACAAAGAAAUAUCCUGAACUUCAAACUAACGUCAAAUCUGGGCUUUCUGCAAGCCAGCUAGCUGAUUAUUUUGAGGUUCAAUCCGAACAAUCAAGUCAAUCAGCCAGCUCGAGCCAAGACAUCUGCACAGACAGCAAUAUGGUUAGAAAAGCAGUUGGGUGCCCUAUAUUAAAACCAGGUGGGAAGCCGAUUGUCAAACAUACUACUGUCGUUAAAGAUUCGGCGGAGAUUGUUACUGCGGACGAUUGUGACGAGCUGACUCCUUUGGGAUUGCAUUUGGCUAACUUACCACUUGAUCCUCAAUGUGCCAAACUGCUUCUUCUAGGUGCCAUGUUUCGUUGUCUUCAACCUGCUGUUAUUGUUGCUGCUUGUCUGGCAUUUCGAGAUCCCUUUGAAGUAAGCUCUUCUGCACUCAAUCAGUAA